UUUCCUUUUCGUUUUUCUUUUUUGCUUUCCUUUUCCUUUUCUCCUUUGUCUUGUUUUUGUUUCUUUCGCAAGCUUAGAAAGUUUCAAUUUUUUCUUUCAAAAUGGCCCCUAGCAAGCAGCUUUCUUUCCUCGCCGCUUCGGCUCUUUCCAUGCAGCUUAUUGCUGCUCACAGCGUCAUCAUCAACGCUUCUGGCAACCUCGGUGGCCAGGCCGCUGGCCUUGGUGUUGAUCCCAACCUUCCUCGCACUGGUACCGAUGAGAACCCCUUCCAGAUGGACUCUACCUACUUCGGUGUCCGUCCUGGACAGCAGAACCAGCAGCAGCAGGGUACUGGCACCGGUAACACCGGCACGGGCAACACUGGCACUGGUGGCAACAAGGGUACUGGCAACACAGGCACUGGUGGUAACAAGAACACUGGUACCGGCAACACUGGCACAGGUAACACUGGCACUGGCGGCAACACUGGCGGCAACACUGGCACCAGUGGCAACAACAACAAGAACAACAAAAAGCAGGGUGCCUUUGCCAACUUCCCCUUCAACAUCCCUGGUUUCAACAAGCGUGGCAUGGCUGGUGCCGGUGCUGGCCCUAAGAUGGGCGGCGGUGCCGGCAGCAGAGUGAUGGUCAACCCCAAGCUCGCUGCUCGUGCUGCUGCUCAGGCUGGCACUGCUACUGCCAACACAGGCACCGGCGGUAACAAGAACACUGGUACUGGCAACACCGGCACUGGCAACACCGGCACUGGCAACACCGGCACUGGCAACACCGGCACUGGCAACACUGGUACUGGAAACACCGGUACGGGCAACACCGGUACUGGCACUGGCAACAACAACAACCAGCAGCAGAACAACAACAACAACGGUAUCAACCCCAUCAAUGCUCAGCAGAUGUCCAACCCCACCGGUAUUGGUGCCACUCUCGCCCGCGGCAACAACAACAUUGAGGAGAACUUUGCUACCAUCAUGGCUGCCAACGGUGGCCAGAAGCUUCCUCAGGUCUCUGGCGGUGGUGAGCUUUAUAUCUCCAUGUACCAGGUCAACGCUGAUGGCGCUGGUCCCUUCAAGUGUUUCCUCAACACCGACGCUACUGGUAACCAGUGGUCUCCCAUGUCUGUUGUCCAGAACGCUCCUGGUAACAACGGUAUCAACAAGGACACUCAGAUGACUCGCCACCCCUUGACCAUCAUUGUCCCCAACAACCAGGUCUGCAGUGGCCAAGUUUCCGGUGAGGACGGUGUCUGCCUGGUUCGCUGCCAGAACGAAGCCCCCGCUGGUCCUUUCGGUGGUGUCGUUCCCAUCCAGAUUCAGCGCCAGGCUAACCGCCCUAACAAAAACAACAACAACAACAACAACGGAAACACUGGCACAGGCAACAAGAACACCGGUACUGGCACUGGCGGUACUGGAACUGGUAACACUGGCACUGGAAACACUGGAACCGGAAACAAGAACACUGGUACUGGCAACACUGGCACGGGCAACACUGGCACUGGUAACAACAAGAACACUGGUACCGGCAACACUGGCACUGGUAACAACAAGAACACUGGUACCGGCAACACGGGUACUGGCAACACGGGAACUGGUAACAAGGACACUGGCACAGGAAACACUGGUACUGGCAACACCGGCACAGGUAACAAGAACACCGGCACCGGUACUGGAAGCACUGGCACAGGCAACACCGGCACUGGCAACAAUGGCACAGGAAACAAGAACACUGGUACUGGCAACACUGGCACGGGCAACACUGGCACUGGUAACAACAAGAACACUGGUACCGGCAACACUGGCACUGGUAACAACAAGAACACUGGUACCGGCAACACGGGUACUGGCAACACGGGAACUGGUAACAAGGACACUGGCACAGGAAACACUGGUACUGGCAACACCGGCACAGGUAACAAGAACACCGGCACCGGUACUGGAAGCACUGGCACAGGCAACACCGGCACUGGCAACAAUGGCACAGGAAACAAGAACACUGGUACUGGCAACACUGGNAACACUGGAACCGGCAACAACAAGAACACUGGCACUGGCACUGGCGGUACCGGUACCGGCAACACUGGUACUGGCCGCCGCAGCGUCCAGCCCGGUGGCCGCUUCAACCCCAGCAACGCCCAGCACAACCACUAA